CCCUUCUCCUAGCUGCUCUCUAUCAGUGUGAACCAUAGUACGAUAUUUUGAGUUCAGAGCGUUGGAGAAGGAUGCAACCAACCCAAAGCGGUAUUGUGAACAGGAGAAGAGACCAGAAUAAGUUAACCGGGAUGCAUUAUUUUUGAAUGCGCCAAUUUUCACACCGACACUUCGCCUGUCAUUCAAGUUUGCUAGAAGAAGUUUAACCAAUAUUGUGCCAUAAUAAAAGAUAACGGACGGAUGGAAGGGGCUAUUUUUGUCCGCUAAGACUCAAAGGGAUAAAAUAAUGGAGACAACUCUGAAAGCAAUAACGCGUUAAGCAUUCAAGUGCUGCAGUGUUUAUGAGAGCACAGAGGACAGGCAAUUAUCAAUUUGGGUCAGUGAAUGCUCGCUUAUAUACCAUAGUCCAAUGUUGUAUGUGUGCAGAGGGAAAUUGGAGCGAGCAAGCCUGUGCAUCCGGAUGGCAAGGUAGUCUAUGGCACUUUGCAAAAUAAUAGAUAAACGCCCACUAUCCAAAAGUAUCCUUUCAAGGUAGCCUAUUGGUAGGAAUUUACGCUGAUAAUCUGGACAAUCGGUGCAUAUUCAUUUGUCCGGGGUGGUGACAUUUGGAGAGUGGGUGGACAGUCGCCUUAUCAUCAUGCAAUGUCCCGUAAUUGCUAGACACGUUUCAAACCAGAACCCUACAUGUGGCCGCUGAUGCACUUUAAACGCAAGACUAGAGAGGUCGACACAUUGUAUCCCCUCACACAUUCCAACUACUGUGAGUGUUGUCUCUGGUUGAUUGUUUUUGUUGUUGAAGUUUUUCCUUAGCUGUUUGCCCAAGUCACGCUAUAGCUGUGCACUCCGAGGGAUUUAGUGAACUUCGUUCGCACUCUUUGUCUAACUCGAUUCCCCGUCCCUUCUUUUUUCGGGGGUAAAAUGGCAGUAGAGAGCCAAGGAACAGGAAUGGCUUUCGCGUUUUGGGACGGCUGUAAUGGUUUGGGAUUUAUUUUUCUUCUUCUUGUGGAUUUACUGGGAAUAACUGCAAGUAACAUGGAACCUAUUUAUUGGAAUACAUUGAACAAGAGGUUUCAGGAUGACAGGGGGUAUGUGUUGUACCCGCAGAUAGGGGAUCGUCUAGACCUGAUCUGCCCAGCCUCCAACCCCCAAGGCCCCCGCUCCCCCAGUGAGUAUGAGUACUACAAGUUGUACCUGGUGUCCACACGCGAGCAGGCUGACCGCUGUGAGGUGAUGGGUGCGCCAAACCUGCUGCUCACCUGUGACAAGCCCAACAGUGACAUGCGCUUCACCAUCAAGUUCCAGGAGUUCUCCCCCAACCUGUGGGGACAUGAGUUCAAGACCCUGCAGGACUACUACAUCAUAGCUACCUCAGAUGGGACAAGGCAGGGACUGGACAGCAUGAGAGGAGGAGUGUGUGUGACACGAGGGAUGAAGGUGAUUCUCAAAGUGGGACAGACUGCUUAUGGCCUCCCACCCAAACCCAAACCAGACCCAAACCGCUUCAACCCCAAAGGGAAUGGGACGACACCCAAGGCAGGUGGCGAGGGAGAGGGGAACAACGGGAACAACCCUCCACCCUCCUCUAGCGUGGCGGUGAUCGCUGGAGCGGUAGGGGGCGGAGCCUUCCUCCUCAUCGUGACCGCAGUCAUCUGUGUGGUGUGUUACCGCUGGCGACAGAACAAGCACUCUGAGACUCACCACCCCACCCUGACCCUGACCACCCUCACCCCCAAGAGGUGCAGCACCAGCGGAGCCGGCUGCUCCACCGGAGGCAACAACGGCUCAGAGCCCAGUGACAUCAUCAUCCCGCUGCGGACUUCAGACUCGGCCUACUGCCCGCACUAUGAGAAGGUGAGCGGGGACUACGGCCACCCCGUCUAUAUCGUCCAGGAGAUGCCCCCCCAGAGCCCAGCUAACAUCUACUACAAAGUAUGAGAGAGGGACAGCCACACAGCCCGGCUGACAUAGACAUACAGGUGUACCCAACACAUAGACUGCUGUUUUCAACAUAGAAAUACAACUGUCCCUCUAGCUCCCUCCACUCCCUCACUCGACCCAACUCCCUCUCUAUGGCUAACUGUUUGGGAUGGCUAUCCUCAACCUCCUGCCCCAUGGACUCUGCUGUACAGUGCUCUCACACUGGAUGGAUGGAUGGAUGGAUGGAUGGAUGGAUGGAUG